CUUUGACACUAACGACAUUGAAACGAGUGAGAAUCAUGCAGCAACAUAACAUCGCAAUUACAUCGUAUUAAUCCUAAUUAGUUUGUGCUAUCGGCAGGCGAACCCGCAUCGCUUUCUCGCACGCGAUUCGCAUACCAACAGCGAAAAGCGCGCUGCAAGACAUCUCGCUAUAACAUCAUUCCUUGUGUUUAAAUAACAGAAAAACAAAAGUUGUUUUCUGUAUCACCAUGGGUAACCGCUCGUCUCUUUUACUUCGCGAGGAAGAAAUUGCGCAACUACAACAGGAUACUGGAUUUACUCCAAAUCAAAUUGAGCGUUUGUACUCGCGUUUCACAUCUCUGGACCGUGGCGAUUGUGGCACGCUAAGUCGGGAUGAUUUUCUCAGAAUUCCCGAGAUUGCCAUCAAUCCACUCGGGGAACGCAUCGUAAACUCGUUUUUCCAAGGCGAGGUCAGCGAUCGCGUCAAUUUCCGGCAGUUUCUGCAAGUUUUAUCACAAUUCCGACCUACUAAAAAGAACAAAGAGAAUAAGAACAACGCCAGAGAUCAUAAAUUGCGAUUUGCAUUUAACAUGUACGACUUAGACAGUGAUAACAUGAUCUCAAAAGACGAGCUUCUCGCCAUUUUGCACAUGAUGGUCGGCGCUAACAUCAGCGAAGAUCAACUCACAAGCAUCGCCGAACGUACUAUCCUGGAAGCUGACGAGGACGGCGAUCAAAAGAUCUCUUUCGAAGAGUUCUGCAAAGCUCUUCAACGCACCGACGUCGAGCAAAAGAUGAGCAUUCGCUUCUUGAAUUAACUCCAUCUUGCGAAAGCAGCGCAAACCAAACAAAAAUCAAACAAAUUAAAGUAUUUAUCUAUAUGCAUUUGUGGUAGCUGGCUAAUACUGCUUAAUUGUUAUUGAUGUGAUAAGAAACAAUUAGAUUACGCAUGAUGGACGAUCUAAACGCGGUGCAAUAUUCAGUAUUUAAUAUAUUUGAUCGAUAACCUUAGAUAAAAUUAGAUAAUUUUGUAUGGUACAAACUACAAACAGAAUGGAAACCAAAAAGUAUGUGUUACACAUUAAAAAAGAAAACA